ACAAGGUGUAUCUCCUGAGUUCAGUUCCGGCAGGGGUGUCGCUGUUUGUAACGAUGUAAAUAACGCAGCGAAUGCUGUAUAUGGGUCACAAGUGCCUGAAACUUGCAGUUUGUUUGCAUGCUUUUGGUUUUUAUGUUUAAUUAGUUGAUCUAAACACUCAUGGGCUGUAAAAGUAGAACAUUUGACCGGCUUGUGCACUAGCUCCAUAUAAUUCCCAAUGUUAGCCGCCAUCUUUUAACAAUGUUUUGCCCGCCAGGCUGUCAGAGCAAUCACGUGACUGAAAACUAUGAAUACGAAUGGAUAUGGCAUAUUUACUGCCUUGCUUGACUGGAAAAUGCUUCUCUUAGAUUUAAGGUUAGUCAAUUGAAACUCGGAGGGCAUCAUGAACAUUUUCUAAUGGAAUUAAUAGAACACGUAUUUUACUAUACAAGAAAGAGACAUGUAGCGAAGAGACUAUUUUAGAAAAAGUAAUAAGACCGGUGUCAUUACUGGAAUAGCAUGGACGCUCCUCAGGCGAACGGGCAACUGCCCUCACCUACGGGUAAUAUUAUUGGUUCUAAAAGUUCAGCCACACAACUCGGUGCAUGUGACGGGACUCCGCUUCAAACGAUUGGAAUAAGUUCACCUGUCUAUCAUGUCACUGAGGAGUUUGGCGAUCACCGGAAAGUAGCAUCGUUUUACUCACCUGCACCAUGCAUGACACCUCUCGGGUUACCAGGAGUCAUGGACGCAGAGGGGAGAGUAGAUGAGUCUAGACUGAGGAUGCACAUUUUUAAGAAUGAUGGUCGGGGGAAGAAAACUCAGAUUCUGAGAUUCAUAUGAACUUCAUCAGUCAUGCAGAGUGGGUUGCAUGAUCAACACCCAACACACACAGCUGCUUCUUAAAGAAAUCAAACGAGGAGUGUGGGAACGUAUAACUACUAUGUAGAGCUAGCUUCUAUAUACAUCAAGGCUGCAUUAGUGGUGUUUCCCUUUCGGAGCGUGGUCAGGUGUGGCGUUUCCUGUUUGGAAUGUACCCCUGUAGCUCCACCUCUCUGGAGCGCCCCCUACUGCAGGAGCAGCUCAGUGUUCGCUACCACGCCAUGAAGAUGAAAUGGCAUAAGCUCCUUCCGUCCACUAUCCGCAUGCGUCUUAAUGGCACUGAUGGUAAGAUUUGUAAGAUAUUUGUGGUUCUCCCAGUAAAGUGGCUGCUUUCGGGCACUUUCUCCCUGCCUUUCAUUCCACUUUCUUGUGGUGGUUCCCUAGCUGAGUUGGUGGCAGCGGUGCAGUACUUUGAUGCAAGGCAAGAGAGGGUCCAGCAGCAAGCUGAGGACCAGAGUGAUGAGGUCAGGGAGAGGCUGUCCUUCCUAGAGUUACAGGCUCAGGUGUUGCUCGAGCGGGUGACCUUUGAUCUGGAAGAGCUUCAAGAGGCUAUCCGAAUCAUCGACAAGGACGUUCCCCGAACAGACAGAGACCUGCCAUACUAUUCAGCCUUUGGUGUGGGGGAGAGAAGACUCAUGCUUCAAUUCACUUUGAAAAAGAGGCCAAGUGUGGAGGAAACAAGGACUGAGGAAUUUGAAGAGGGUGAAGGCUUAGGCAAUCUGCUGGUGUUGAGGGAUAUUCUGAUCACAUAUGCUGCUUUUCACCCAGAAGUGAGCUAUGCCCAGGGGAUGAAUGACCUGUGCAGCCGGUUCUUGGAGGUUUUGGACUCUGAGGUGGAUACUUACUGGAGCUUCUCCUGCUACAUGGAGAAGUUCUCUAAGGAUUUCCGUGCAGAUGGCCUGCACAGGAAGAUAGAGCUGGAGGCAGCGCUGUUAAAGGAGUUGGACCCUCAGCUCCACACCCACCUGAUCACAGAUAACAUGGAGAGUUUCACCUUCUGUCAUAGGUGGCUGCUGCUGGGUUUCCAGAGAGAGUUUGAGCACUAUGACGCCCUGCGUCUGUUUGAGAUCCUCAGCUGUGACCACCUGGAGCUCAUAUCCCAGAAAGUAGACAGAGCGCGCUACCAGGAGAGGAUUGCCCGUCGCCACAGUAUAGAGGAUAAACCAGUGUGUGAGUCACAGGCUGUCAACACAGAGUUCACCUUUGAACUCUUCAUUUGUGCCACCAUCUUACUGGACAACAGAGAUGCCCUGCUAAGGUGUAGGAACGAUGUGCAACUAAUUCAGUUUGCCAAUAGUUUGCAGGGCACUCUGGACCUGAACAGCACCCUAAAGAAAGCAGAGGAACAUUUUUACAACUACUGCAAGCGCUCUACCUGGGACUACAUGAACAGCCUCUGUCGGGCACGCAAGAAUAAAGAGGACCAUUUCCUUUACCAGCUCCGCAGCUUCUUCUCCUGAACCCAGAUCAGUCCUUAACCUGCUGAAAAUUCAGCUACACCUUGUAGACAAUGGGGUGGACACACAAUUAAUUAUAUGUGAAGAUUGUCUUUACGUAUCUUAUUCAGUGAUGUUGAAGUAAUAAUAUUGCUGUUGGAUCUAACUAUAUGCUGCAUACUUACUUACCCAGUUACUUACCCACUUUGUGGACUUCAAUUCUUGUUCUAUCUGGUGUUGAUUUCUGUUAUUUAAAACAGCUAUUUAUUAUUUGUUCAGUUGUCAUAUAUUACUAGUUAUAUAUUAUAGAUAUAUAAACUAGUUAUAUAUUAACCUGGAUAUAUUUCUUUGGUCUACACUUGGAAAAUUAAUUUGGAAGGAAAACCCUGUUAACAAAAUUAAGGCACAGGAGGGAGUUCACUAUCAUGAAUACAGUAACAAGUUAAAGGCAUAUUGUGUUUGGUUACCCGUGUCUUGGUGACUUCACAAAAGAGCAGUGCCUCCAAUGCCUUAUUUAAGCAUGACGGGAGUGUGAUAUAUGGCCAAUAUAUACAGCUAUAUAUACCACAACUAUGUACCACAGCUGAGAGCUUUUCUUGGACACAACGCAUAGCAGAGUGACUAGAUACAGCACGUAGCUGUGGUGUUGGCUACGUACCACAAAUCCCAAGGUGCCUACUUGCUAUUAUAAACCAGAUAUGAACGCAAUUAGAGCAGUAAAACGUUAUGUGUUGUCAUACCUGAUAUAAUAAUAUAGAAAUGUAUUAAAUAUUUUCAUUAGAAUUCAAUUUUGAUAAAGAAAUUCAAACAAUUAUUCCAUUGUAAGGGAGAGUUUGGCCAAACUAGGUUAUACAGGAAGAGGCCUCCUCAUUUGUAGAAUUUUAAGACAGAGUACUGUACUCAUGUAGUUUGGAAAUCCAGAUCAAAAAAUGACUAGGGUUUGAUUUAAAUGGACUUUUCUACAUUCUGGGUGGUUCCUAAUCAGACAACUCACCCAAUAAAUCAUAGGAAUAGAUUCCUGAACAUUUUGAAUACCAAAGUUUCCAGGAAAAACCUGUGCUGUGUUUUUAAGUAGUUAAUUUGAACUAUAGCUACUUGUCUUUAAAAAGAAUGUGCAUCGUAGAUCACUUGCUUUAAAUAUCUGACACAAUCUUCAUUACUGGCAAUUUUAUAUAUGUAUAGGUUAAUUUGUUGUUGAUGAUUAGAUUUUCUAGAUCCAGCUACCGUGAAUAAAGUGUAAAAUAAAAAAAAAUUCUGAUUACAUACACAUAGGUGAGAACAAGUUUAAUUAUUAUGAUUUAAUAAUAAUUAUAGUAACGAAUAUUCUCUCCCUCUACACCCAGAGACAAGAUGUACACGUGGGUUGGACCCAAACAGAGAGGGCCAUGUAAAAGAUCAUGUUAAAAGAGGAGGAUUAUAUUCAGAUGGGUAGCUAGCUGGUAGAGAUUUCUGUUGCUCAGGUAUUUGAGUCAGAAAAAACUUUUAACAUGUCGAAGGAAAAAGGGAUUUCAUUGUAUGGACUGUUCUUAAAAGUUAAAUGUAAUAAAGUCUUGAAGCUAAAUAUGUGUAAAUCAUCUUAAUAUAAUAUUUUUUUAAAUAGCGUUGACUUCUAAGACGAAUUAUGCUUUAAUGGUAAUUGUAGCAAUUUCAAAAUUACAUGCGAUGAAAGGUGAAGACAACAUUAUCUUUUUGUAUUAUUAAUGUAUUACAAAAUACUGUCACAUCAAAAAAAUGCAUUAUUACAUCAUAGCAUUUCCCAGAUGAACCAGAAUGUACUUUACUGCUGUUAUUCCUACUUUCUAAUUCAUAUUAACUCCUGGCAGAAGAUCAUGUAAAAGCUAAAUCCUAAGAAUUUUCCUCAGCUUACUAUGUGGACAGGAUACACUUGUUCCUAAAGCACCCUUUAGUAAGAAAUAAAGAAUGGAAGUAUGCCCAAUUUAUGCAAUU